CCAAUCACGUCCCAACGAAGGAACGGGCGACAGGAGUCGCUCGUUUCUCUCCGGUCGUUUGAUGUCUCCUCUGGCUGCUCCCUCGCCAAUCAUAUCCCUCCCAACUCCCCGCACCAUCACCUUUCGCAGCUCCACUUCAACCCCAUUCUUCUCUUCUUCUUCUCCUCCUUCUCCUCCUUCAGCAGCAGCAGCAGCAUCACCCGCUACUUCCGCCGCGCAAGGCCGCCGCCGCCGGCUCCUCCCGCCGUCUCUCUCGGUCCGCUGCUGCUCCUCGUCUCCUUCCGAAAUGGAGGGAGCUUCAGGACCUAGCUUGUUUCCUUUCCAUCGCUGCAAAACUCUUCACCUGGUGAGGCAUGGACAGGGGAUUCACAAUGUAGAAGGAGAUAAGAACUACAAAACCUACAUGAAUCCGGAUUAUUUUGAUGCACAUCUCACCCCAUUAGGUUGGCAGCAGGUUGAUAAUCUGAGGAAGCAUGUUCGGGCAUGUGGACUCUCCAAGAAGAUUGAUUUAGUCAUAACAUCUCCUUUGCUGAGGACUCUUCAAACAGCUGUUGGAGUAUUUGGUGGUGAAGGCUACACAGAUAGGUUGGAUAUACUACCACUAAUGGUUGCAAAUGCAGGAAAUAGUGAUCGUGGUGCUAUUUCAAGUCUAGACUCUCCACCAAUUGUAGCAGUAGAACUUUGCCGAGAACAUUUGGGUGUUCAUCCUUGCGAUAAGAGAAGAAGUAUUACUGAUUACCAGUUUCUUUUUCCAGGAGUUGAUUUCUCCCUGAUUCAGAGCGAUGAGGAUGUUUUGUGGAAGGCAGAUGUUAGAGAGACCAAAGAAGAACUUGCAGCUAGGGGAAUUAAAUUCCUCAACUGGUUGUGGACACGGAAAGAAAAGGAGAUAGCAAUUGUCACGCAUAGUGGUUUCUUGUGUCACACGUUAACUUCUUUCGGAGAAGAUUGUCACCCCUUGGUGAAAGGGGAAAUAUGUAGACACUUUGCAAACUGUGAACUGCGGUCAAUGGUUCUCGUGGACAAGAGUAAUGUUGGAUCCGAUCCCUCUGCCACAAAUUUUCCUGGAAAGAUUCCUCAUGGACCUGACCACCCUAGCGACAUUACAGAAAACAAUGUGGAAGGAAAGAGUUCCAAGAAUGAACAACCCUAACCCUGUCUGACACCUGAGAGAGAGAAAGAGAGAGAGAGAGAGAGAUCUCAACGAUUCUUCAGCAGCUGCAAGCUAGUGCAGAAAUUCUGUUGUUGUGGGUGAAUAUCAACUUGCAGAAGCUUGUGUUCCUCAGUCCCUGCAUCUGGGUAUGAAAACCCAUCCUUUAAUUCAUAAGCAAAUGGAUGUUCUGCAUUAUACGAUCUCUUGUUCUACUCUCAGUAAUUGCAAAUCCUUUUCGAUGCA